AUGUUUGGUUUCGAUAUUGGUUCCAACUCUGGUGUUAUUGGUACUAACCAAUACCAAGAAUACUUUAACCACCCUGAUUCCUUAUUACAAGGUGGUAUUAACGGUGCCCUUUCUGCUGGUUGUUUCGUCGGUGCUUUGAUUGCUGGUUAUCCCGCUGAUAGAUUCUCUCGUAAAUUCACUCUUAUUGGUGCCUCUAUGUUGUUCAUUGUCGGUUCAGUUUUCCAAGCUGCUGCCAAUGGUGUUCCUUUGCUCUGUGUUGGUCGUGUUUUGAACGGUAUCUCUGUUGGUAUCACUUCCAUGGUCGUGCCUCUUUAUCAAUCUGAAAUUGCCCCCAAGGAAAUUCGUGGUCGUAUUGUCGCUGUCCAACAAUGGAGUAUUACUUGGGGUAUUAUGAUCUCUUUCUGGAUUCAAUAUGGUUCUCAGUUUAUCAACAACACUGCCGCUUUCCGUAUUCCAUGGGGUAUUCAAGGUGUUCCUGCUGUCAUUCUCUCUGUUGGUAUGUGGGCUUUCCCUCACUCUCCCAGAUGGCUCGCCGAUCAAGGCCGUAUGGACGAGGCCUUGAAGGUCUUGGCUGAUAUCCACGGUAAGGGUGACCCUAAUCACCCUCGUGUCAUUACUGAAAUGGAAGAAAUCAGAGCCAGUAUUCACUUUGAUAAGGAAAUUGCUUCUCACCGUUACACUGAUUUGUUCAAGCCUGGUAUGAUCUACCGUGUCUCUCUUGGUGUCUGUCUCCAAAUUUGGCAACAAUUGACUGGUAUGAACAUUAUCAUGUUCUACGUCGUCUUCUUAUUCCAACAAGCUGGUAUUGGUUCUUCUCAACAAGCUACUCUUGUUUCCUCUGGUAUUUCGUACGUUGUUAACGUCGUCAUGACCAUUCCUGCCAUUCUCUUUGUUGACAAGUGGGGUCGUCGUCCUACUUUGAUUCUUGGUGCUCUCUGUAUGUCUAUCUUCUUGUGGGCUGUCGGUGGUGUCUUGGCUACUGGUGAAUGGUCUCUUAAUGAAAAGGGCAAGGCUGUUGUCUCUCUCGGUGGUAGCAAGUCCAAGGCUGAUGGUGUUGUUGCCUGUAUCUAUCUCUUUGUCGCUACUUUUGCCACUACUUGGGGUCCUUUGGGUUGGAUUUACCCUGCUGAAAUCUACCCUCUCCGUGUCCGUGCCAUGGCCGUUUCCUUGUCCACCGCUUCCAACUGGUUGUUCAACUGGAUUUUGAACUUUGUCGUACCUUUGUUGAUGGAAAGAAUUCAUUAUGGUUUAUACCUCUUGUUUGCUAGUUUCAACUUCUUGAUGGCUCUCCAUGUCUACCUUGCUUACCCUGAAACCAAGGGCUUCACUCUUGAAGAAAUGGAUAUCAUCUUUGAACACAAUCCUCGUAAGAAGAUUCCUCGUGAAACUUUGGAUGCCUGGACCGAACAAAGAGGUCUUCGUCGUGCCGAAGAAUUUGCUUCUGUCGAGAAGAAGGAUGAUCUUUCUCGCGAAGCCUCCGUCUAA